UCCCUGCCUGGUCCUCUGGUCUUCCAUUUGGGGAGCAAGCCCCGAGUAACCAUGAAGUUCCUCCUCUUUACCUGCCUUUUGGCUGUGGCUCUGGCAAAGCAUGAGCUAAAGCAGCUCUCCUCCAGUGAGGAAUCUGCCAUCCUCUCUGAAGAAAAAUAUAGGCAGGACAAUAAUGUGGUCAUCCAAACCAAUCAGGAAUCUGCCACCAGUUCAUCUAGUGAGGAAACUGGUGAUGUCCCUACUGAUACAAUUGAGCUGACUGAGGAAGAAAAGGUCUACCUCAAUCAACUGAGCAAAAUCAACCAGUUUUAUCAGGCAUGGAAUCUUCCCCAGUAUCUUGAGGCUUAUCAUCAACAGCACAGUGUUAGGAACCCAUGGAAUCACAUUAAGACAAAUGGCUAUCAUCUAUUUCCCCUUCUGGAAAAAGAGUACCUGUCCUCCAGUGAGGUGAGGGGCUUUCCUGUGAGGACAGAAACAUGGCAUCCAGAAACAGAGAUUAAGAGGUCACUGAAUAAUAAUGUGACUCCAAGAGUCCUGGUGCCCAUCCUCAAUUUGACAAAAUGGCUGAGAGGAAUCCGACUUGGGGAAUCUACCAGCGUCUCCCAGGAGGAAACUUCAGGGAAGAUUGUUGAUAUGGAAUCCACUGAGGGGACCCCUGAGGAAGUUCAGCUGAAUGAUGAAGAAAAGAAUUACCUGAAACAGCUGGUCAAAAUCAACCAGUAUCAACAGAAGUUCACCUUCCCCCACUAUUUCCAGGCUGUUCAUCCACAGCAGAUAGCUCUGAACCCUUGGAAUCGCCUUAAGGAAAAUACUUACCCAUUCAUUCUCACUUUGGCUUGACUGGAAAAAUCAUUUCUAUAUAGUUUCUUCAUCUAUCAUAUCACCUCAUACCAAUAUGUUGACUGCUUCUUGAAAGGGCAACACUCCUGAGCCAAAGGAAGAUUGUGUAACACUGUUUGUAUUCCUCCUUUCGGUUCAUGUUGGAUAUGCUAGAUCUGGAUUGCGGUAUCAUUUUAACUGUAUCAACGAUUAACUGAAGUCUGCAGCCUGAUGGCUGAGUCACAGAACCCCACAUCUCUUGCCAAAACAUUAAA